AAAGUAAUUGUAAGGAUUUAUAAGAAUGAUUGCAUGUGCAAUUGCAUACAGGAUUUUCUUCCAUUUUUAAUUUCAUUUCCAAUUUGUAAACUUUUCCCGGUUGGUUCUCUCUGACCUCCUUGCAAUUAACAAAGUCAUGUGUGUGCAUAGGUGAGGGUGGAUGGGCAAAAUUAAUAAGGACCUACAGAGCUGCUCUCGGUAACACUGAGAUCAGCCAGUGUGUCACUAUGGGAGAUAUAAAGACCUUCUUGGAUACCAAGGACAUCCAAUACACUAAUUGUGUUCUUCAGUCCCAUAUGGACAUCACAGAGUGUUUCACAGAGGGAGAUGAGGUCGGAGAACUGCUGUUGGAUUUCCUAACUGAGGUGAUAGAGUUCAGUAAGAACGCUCCUGAGGACCUGAAGAAAGGAGUGCUGGACUUACUGAGACAUCCAGACUGCAGUAAUGAGGUGGAUGGCAGGAUAAUGUUCAACAAUACCAUGGAAGUUGUAGUGGUUGAGUCGUAGCCCAAUGACUCCUUAAUAUCUGACCGACCUCCACAAUUAAAUCUGACCUGACCUCCGCCAGUGCAGAAUGUGUCCUAUAUUUCUGUACCAGAAAUAUGGUAGUCUGGCUUAUUGUAACAUAUUAAACAUAAUAAACAGUAAUUGCAUAGCUUGGGCAUCAUAAUGUACACACAUAUUUUCAUUUAAAUAAAGGUCUAUUUUGAAAACCAGUGGUUAAAUAUGU